AUGGUGAGCAAGGAGUGCUGGCACAGCCGCCCCGUGUUCAGCCUCAUCAUCCAGAUGCUCCAGGAGCAGGACUACAAGGACCACCGCACGGCCCUCGAGCUGCUGACGGAGCUGCUCCGGAGCCCGGACGUGGCGGCCGCCGUGGACGAGGCGGCCACCCGCGUGCUGGCCAGCUGGUUCCGGUGCGGGGAGCCGGCCACCGUGACGCUGCUGCUGCGGGCGGCCGAGACCUUCACGCUGCACGAGGACCUGGCCCCGCGGCUGAGCCUCCUGCAGCCCCACGUGCUCCGCUGCCUGCGCGCGGAGGACUCCGGGGUGGUCGGCGAGGCCUUCCGGGUGCUGCGGGCCCUGGUGGAGCACGGCGCCCGCCGGAGGGCCCCCUCCCUCCUGGUGCAGCUGGUCUCCUCGCUGCGGCCCUUCUUCGAGGCGGAGGCGGAGCCCCAGCGCCUGAUGGCCUUCGAGAUCUACGGGGCGCUGCUGGCCAAGGUCAGGAGGUCGUUCCUGGAGCCCCCGCUGCGGCAGCAGCUGCUCAGCACGCUGGUCCUCCUGGCGGUGCACCUGGUGGACAGGGACGCCCGGGUGGCCCAGGUCUGCCGGCUGGCCCUCCGCAGCCUGGCCUCCCUCCUGGGCUGGAGGCGGCUGCGCCCCAUCUUCACCAGCGGGGACCUGUGGAGGAUCCUCAGAGCCCUGCUGGAGCACGAGGCCGGCCGAGGCCGGUGGCUGCUGUCCCAGAGCCUGGCCCUGCUCCAGAGCCCCCAGGCCCCCGUCCGCCAGGCUGCCGUGUGGUUCACAGGCCAGAUCAUCCAGAGCCCCGCCGUGGCCAAGGCCAGUGACGUUGCGGAGGCCUCCGAGGCCCUGAGGUCCAUGGGCGAGGACCCCGACCCCGCGGUCAGCUGCCUGGCCACGCAGACCCUGCACGUCCUGGAAGCCAGCAGGAGCCGGCCGGCCCGGCCCCGGACCUGCUGGCUCUGCUGCUGGCGACGCUGA